AUUGCUAGCAAUUUGCGAUGGACGCAAAGAUGUUAUCCGUUUUUUUAAUUGUUUUCAUAGUGCCGACGGUUAUUGUUGAGGCAUGGCGAGGAGACGGCAGGAGGUCUUCAGGAGACACAACCAAGGCUGUACAUAUUCAUGCCAAACGACAUAUGGCACAAAACGAAAACGAAGUUAAACGAAGGACAACCACUCAGAGAUCUAGAGAGUUAAGGAAGAAACCAUCUGGUCACCUAAAGCCGCUAGAAGAAGAUGACAUUGAGAACGAUGAGGUUGUGUCAGUCGCUAUCGGACCACCUGCUAUACGACCGAAAUAUGAAAAACCAACGUGGAAGCAAACCCCACGUUCAGUAGGAAACAGUACAAGCAACUCGUCAGCAACAAGACUAGUCAAAGAAGUCCUUGUACAACUUGGACGGGAAUUUUUAACUCAUCAGGUUAAUGAAGAUUUUGUAUUCGGACAAUACGUAGGUAAUGCAAUGAGGAAUUUAAGAAGUGAUCUCCGUUUACGAAUGCAACAUGAAGUUUUAGAUCUUGUAGUGAAAUAUCAGAAAAUGAAUCGUGGUGAAACCUUGGCUGAUCAUUUGAAUGAUGAAAGAUCAGGAAUUAAGGAAAGCAAGUUGGAAAAAAAGUCAUCUUGUGCUAAUGAUACUGAUGAUAUAUGGCCAGAUUUCCCCAACUUUGCAAAGAUUGUUGGUUAAUUUGACCAGAAAUAUCUAUUAGAGUAAUGAAGCUAAUCAAAUUGCUAAUUUUGCUGUUUAACAUAUCGUCUGUUGAAGAUACUCCUCAAGACGUCUCGUGUGGUGUGUAAAAAUAAUUAGUAACCAACUGACUACA